AUGCUGCAGGACGUGCACUUCGAUCCCGCAGCAUCCACAAGCGAGGAGGAGCGGGAGGCGAGGGCGUGGCAGCAGGUGAAACACCACGCAGUGGUGACGGCUGAGCAGGCGGAGAAGCGGCUGUUGGACUUGGGUGAGCUGCGCGCGGCGGUGGAGGAGCAGCUCGGGGUGCUGGACGUGCGGGAGAGUGAGACGGCCCGCCGUCUGCACGCGGAGUCCGACCAACUCGUGCGGCAGGUUCGCCUGCGCGAGGAGGAGCUCGUCGCGAUGCUGCGGGACAGCUGUGGCCUCCGCCGCACGCAGCUACAGCGCGUCCUUGAAAGCAUCGCGGCGAAGGAAAAACAGCUGGUUGGUGAGAAGGCGCGGGUGGAGGAACGUGAGCGGGACGUUGUUGAACGCGCCGCCGCGCAGCUUCGCGUUGUGGAGCUGCUCGUCGAGUCCGCCUUCUUCCAUGUGCCGGACCAGGAUUUCUACGUCGUGACCUCCGCCCCUCUUGUGGCUGAGCGGCACUUGACACUCGUGCAGGAGCUGGUACCAUCCCUUCUUCCCUCCGCCCUCACUGUUCCCAUCACCAGCUCCGCCGUGCAUCUUCCCCUGCGCUCAACAGCAGUACCAACAGGAAUUGGUAACAGCAACAACAGCAAGGCGUGUAUGGCUCUACAGGAUGGUGUAUUUCACUACAUUGCCACGGCUGGCGGCACGAAGCCUUUUCGCAACCCCGUAGAGAAUGACGCAGUGCGGGUGCAGUGCAGUGCUCCCAUUGUGCUCGGAGAGCUGAGUUUCCUCUGUAGUGCCAUUGAUGCUGCACGCACUACGCCCGCUGUGCUUGAGAGGCAACGCUUUCGCACCGCUUCUCAGGAGAAGGCGCGGAUUGAAAUUGACUUUGGCGACCGGCGCUGGGUAGUUGGCGAAGCGUACGCACUACGUCACGGCCACGCAACAGAGCACGCAGCGCUGCGCUCAUGGCGUCUCCUUGGCAGCCGUGACCGCUCACGCUGGGUUGUGCUGGACGAGAAGAGGCAUAACCAUACGCUGGGCAGUGCACCGUUCAACGUGGCUGCGUUCAACAUCGAUGAGGAGCGUGUUCUCUCGGACACGCGGGAUAUAUGGCAGUGCACUUCAGGUGAGCGGUGCGCAUUUCGCUAUAUCGCACUGGAGCUCACUGGCCCUGACGCUGUUGGUGCGCACCACUUGGAGUUGUCCGGGAUGGAGCUGUACGGUUACCUGGUUAACAACGUGCAAGUACGAAUGCGGUUGGAGGACUGA